GCACAGACGAGUCUCAUUAUACAUGCUAUACCACAGUAUAUACCGGGUGAUCCAGUUACUAUUUGCUUAAUGGUGAAACCUCUUCAGGCUACAGUGCCCUUGAAGACGGAUAAGAUCCGGCAAUCAACAGCAGGGGAAAGAUGAAUCCCCUUAACAUGUGUUAUGACAGAACAUCUUCACGAAGGAUGAUGAUAAUGAUGGCUUGGGUAACCAUCAUAUCUGUGUCAUUUUUCUCUUACUUCAUGGUUGAUAAGACCAACAAACUUCCUCGGUACACACUUCAGAAGUCACAGCCUGAAACCCCAAGCCAAGAAUCAGCCACUCGGUUAUUGCACAACACUUCCUUGAAUAAUUUAAGUAUUACACCCUCUACUUACCCACAUGUUCAAAAAAUUGAGUAUCAUCAAGAAUUCUAUAACCAACACUGGGCGGUUAAUUGUGAGGCAAUUUUGUCGGACGAUAAACAAGAAAUCGCACAUGUGAACGAAAUCAUACAGAAUGAGAAGCAGAAAUCAAACAAAGGUGAAAUCGAAAUUGCAGCAGAUAGUGUGGUCGCAAAUUUUAGCCAAGACUGCGAAUACUAUAGAACAUUCCGUGAAUACCCCAAAAAAGUACUAAGUGAGGAGGAGAAGGAGUUUCCGCUUGCUUUUAUCAUCCUUGCUCACAAAAAUGCCGCCCAGGUUGAACUACUCUUGCGUGCCAUUUACCAACCUCACAAUGUCUAUGCAUUACAUCCUGAUGGGAAAUCGCCACCAGAAUUUCAAAGAGCUAUGAAAAGUAUUGCUAAUUGUUUUGACAACGUUUUCGUGUGUUCCAAAUUGGAAAGAGUUCAGUAUGCUGGCUUCUCUCGUCUUAUUGCUGAUAUUAACUGCAUGCGCGACCUGAUCAAGCAUCCUGUACAGUGGAAAUAUGUUAUCAACCAGUGUGGGGAGGCAUUUCCACUAAAGACCAACUUAGAGAUGGUACAAAUUAUCAAGUCUUACCAUGGACGUGUAGACGCUGAAUCAUAUGACGCUCCCCAUAAGCUAUCCCGGUUUCACAAGCUCUCCCCUAGAUAUAACGACUUCUCAAAUACUGCAGAGAGACUGAAGCGAUACCCGCCACCGGGAAACAUCACGCUACAUUCUGGGAAUGCGUAUAACACACUUAGUCGGGAAUUUGUGGAUUAUGUCUUGACAGAUGAGGAAUCUGUUAAGUUUCUUAGUUGGAUUAAUAUGACGUACUCACCUGACGAACAUUUUUGGGCAAGUCUUCGUCGGUACUACAAAGCACCAGGAUCAUACCCCAACGCCACGCACAAGGAUAUCAACACCUGCUUUGUGAAAUGGGGAGGAGAAUCAACAUUCAAAACUUGCAUCGGAAAGUUUGUCAGGGGGAUCUGUGUUAUAGGCACUGGUUACAUAUCUUAUGUGGCCCGCCUUCCCCAUUUAUUCCUCAACAAAAUCCAUUACUCUUAUGAUCCGGUUACGCUACAGUGUUUGCAAGAAUUGCUCACGAACAGAACACUCCAUACUGAGCUCACGCAUCAAUACUACCAGGAAUUCCCGCCCAUACGUGCAUGGUACUAAAUCAUUUUGAACUGAAUGUACAGUUUAUUAAUAUCAUAAGGAUAAUUUUUUGUUCUUUUAUUUGUCUUUGUCACUUCGUCACAUUCCAAGCUGGGUUUUUGUUGGCAAUAAUACAUAUCUAUCUUUAGGCCUGCACUUAUGAAUGUAUAAUACAGGGCCUAUUUUGCGUUCAUUCGACAAUAUAUAAUUUCGAUGCGUUGGUGCCAGCCCUAUCGUUACAGGAUAGAGAUUGGUCUAGACAAGUAUUCCUCGUGCAAGCCAUAUACGUAGGGUGUUCUAAUAAGUAAUGAGGUUAUGGGGAUUUUUUUUUUAUUGUAAAUGAACUAGUAGAUUACAACAUAGCCUGCUCAGUGUUCACCGUAAGCAAAGUCACUGGAGUGAAGGAACGCAAGGAACUUUGGGCAUGUUCUAACCCAAAGAACGUUAAUGAUAAUAAUAAUAAUAAUAAUAAGCAUUUAUAUAGCGCCAUCUAUCUAGAAAUAUUCUAUUCCGAGGCGCA